AAUUGUGAGAAAAAAGUCUGAAUUGUGAGAUAUAAACUUGUAAUUGCGAGAAAACUCAGAAUUGUGAGAAAAAAGUGAAUUGUGAUAUAAAUUCGUAAUUGCGAGAAAAAAGUCUGAAUUGCGAGAAAGCUCCUAAUUGCAAGAAAAGGUCUAAAUUGAGAGACAUCAAUUCUUAAUUGCAAGAAAAAGUCAGAAUUGUGAGAUAAAAAGUCGGAAACAAGCUUCCAUAAAAAGACAGUAAUUGUGGUGGAUUAUUUGGUUUACUCUUUAUUAGGGAACACUUAGAGUGUUAAAUCGUAUUCAGUCACUCAUUGAUGAAACAUCAGAGGAAUUCAUCAGUGUAAAUAUUUCAGAGUUAUUUUAGGAAUUAUUCCUAAAUUGUUAUCCUUAAUUCAAUGUGAUAAUUACGUAAGAAAUUCAUUCUUCUUGUGUUUCGUGAACAAAAGUGGAGCCCUAUCAAACAGAUCACUGAUUAUAUCAGAUUCAUUAAUAAAAUCUUUGAUUUGAAUAUUUCUGGAGCACUCGAACAAAUGGGUUUUUGUACUUUUUAUUUAUUGGUAAAAACUGUAUAUAAUAUUUAGUAUUAAAUAUGAAGUACCUCAUCAGUGGAAUAUACCAACCCGUACCUGCGCAGGUGAAGAUACCUGUUUACUGAGUUUAGAUUUCAGUCAUUUGUUUUUAUAAUGCCUGAAAUUAUCAUGUCACGGCAACCCUUCAAUAAAAAAAAGAAUUAAUUAAUAUAAAAUAGUAUUAAGACAAUAAGGUCCUAUUUGUUUACAUUAGUUAAUGCAUUAACUAACAUGAACACUAUAUAUUAACAUAUAACAUGAACACUACUGUGUUUAACGAAUAAAACCUUAUUGUAAAAUUUAUAAUUAAUAUAUAAUAAAAUGUAUUAAAUAAUAAUUAUUGUUUUUAUGCUGCAUGGUGUACAACUGGCUGGUUUUAUGUGACUUAGUGUGAUUGUUUUAGGAGUGUUUUUGACACGUACAACUCCAGGUUCCUUUAAUAACUGUAUGUGAAAACAACUCAAAAGUAUAUAGUCAGACUUUUUACCCUGUUAUGAUCAUCAGAUCUCUGUAUAUAUUUUAGAAAUAUGUUUAGGAACCGCCAUACAGUCUUGUUAAACUUCAUUCUGUGGUUCUCUACAUUUAUACACAUGUUUUGCUAAGAAAUGUUCAUUUUUUUGUUAAAUCUGCUAGUAUCAUAAAGUUGUUAAUGUGUUUUUGCCUGAGUUGGUGGUUAAAAAUGUCAGUUAUUGCAUUUAUCUGUGUUUCUUGGACACAAGAUGUGAAUUAUUAUGAAUGAGGUCAAGUGGGAAAUUUAUAACCUGUAUAUACAUUUCAUUUGUUUAUGAAUCUGGUUUAGAGAAAUUCUCUUUCAGUGAAGUAUUAAUAUACUGCUCAGUUGAGUGAUAUUACAUAAUGUCAGUUAUAUGAUAUACGAGCGCAGAGAACCUCGUGUGUAAUAAAUACUGUUAUGAAUCAUGGCGGCGCCACUUCCUCCUCUUGAAAAAGUUUGAAACUUAAGUUUGCAUGCUUGAUGGGAUUUAGUGUUUAGAAUCAGUGCUGGACUUACUGGUUUUAAUUAUAAUGUUGCAUAUGUUCUCAUCAAAAGCACUAAAAAACAAACAUUUUUUCUCCUAUAUCUUAGAACGAAUGUCCCAGAUGUUGCACAGAGUCUGCCAAAUGCAUAAAUGUACAUUGAUUUUUGAAUUUUGAUUACAAAGUCAUUUUCUUUAAAAUAUCAUGCACUGAGGAAUAAGAUUGUGUAUUUAAAAAGUUCUGAGUUCCUAUAAAAGUAAAAAACAAAACCAUAACCAGACUAGCAGAUACAGAGGAACCUGGUGAAAAUGACUAGAGAGUGUGUGUUGCAUAAGGCAAUCGUGGUUGCUCUUUAACUCUGGAGAGUAAGUUGAACUGCUGAACUAGGUUAAUUUAUGACUUGACCUAUAGAUGGUAAACACAUCCCACAUGUCGAAUGUGUGUGUGGGCUAAGAAUACAUGAGAGCACGAGGCAACCUGCAUAGUUUACUGAGAAAUACGUGCGUGUGUUAUCUGCAGUCUGUCUUCACAUUGUGUUGUGAGAGUCUGCAAUUGUGUUUUCAGUACUGCUUAGAUCUGAAUUUAAUGGCCAUAAACUCAAGAAAUGAGAUUUUUCUGGCCUGUGUUAGUUAUUUUGGCUGCUUUGGUUAAAAAAGUGAAGUGAAUGUGUUCACUUCUGCCCUCUGCUGGUGGAGUUCAGAUUCAUCAGACACUGGUUCAUCUUUACAUUUCAGCUUAUCUGAUUACAGUAAAUUAAAGGCAGAACAUUAAUUAUAUUCUGAAAAAUCACCUGAAUGAAUUAUAACCACACUCUAGCAAAGAUUAACCGCAGUAUAAAAUAUUAUAUACAAAAACUUGAAAUGAGGGGCAAACGUUUACAUUUCGUUUUACAUUACAUUUCACCAUUUAUAGUUUGUAAUAACAGAAAUUCAGUUAAUAUGAGCUCAUAAACCGUCAUAAUAAUACAAAAAUAAGCAAAAUGUUGUUUAAAAUAGUUUUAGAUGGACAUCGAAAUAUGAUGUCAUAGACAUGACGAGGCAUCUGUUAACGGUUAAUGGGCGGGGCAUAGACGUCACGCGACACCUGAGCCCAACUAAUUGAGAUAGCGAUCAGAAUUAGUAGUUGAACUUAUUUUUAACUUGUGUUAGACUAAUAAAGGUUUGACAUAUUGCAACUACGGUCCAGAAAGAGGGAGAGUCGACUGAACUUGCUUCUCAUCACAAAUCUUCAAAUAGGUUUGUCCUUCCAACUGAAGAAAACCAUGAAAUCUUCUACUUACAGGACCUGAAAGAGAUUUACAUGAUCAAGACACAAUGGAAGAGCCGUUCAAAGAUUCUGUAGCCGUAGACAUGGCGAACCCCCAGGAGGAGGUCUGCAACGGUGGAGCCGCCACCACCACUGAUGCAGUUGGGAAACUCGAAGGGGAGGCCACUCCAAUUAUUCCAACCGAGACAUGGAAUGUCAGCUCUCCAACUAUCACAAAGCGAUCCCUGUCACCCCUGCUAACAAUACAGGCCACCCCAGUGGUGACCCCGGCUGCUGAAUCUCCCAACGGUGUUGCCCUGAAGGUUGCUACAACUGUGCUUCAGCCAAUCUGCUUGGGGGAGAGUCCAAUGGUGUUGCCCAUCCUUGCUGGUCCAGCUGCCCCUCAAGUUGGACAAUCAGGGACAACUUCGUAUCUGAUGACUAGUCAGGGUCCUGUGUCCCUACCCCUGGUCUUGGAACAACAAGUCCUCCAACAUUUGAAUCCUCAAUUGCUUCAACAAACAGCAACUUGUCCUCUCCCGCUACAGAACAACAUCCUGUGCCAGAACCCUUCCCUUGCUCUUGGACCACCUCCAGUCCUGGACCAGAAAGGCUCAAGUCCAGUGUUGGAUACUAGUCUACUGACUCUUCUUCAGAACCCUAACUUUGCAGCAAUCUUGCAGGACCUCUUCCCUGGCCAAGGGAACUCCUCACCCACUUGCCACCAAGCCUCUUCCCCACAAGUAGACCUUGCCUCUGCGUUCCUUUCUCCUCCACCUCUCUCGCACCCCUACAUUUCUCCACUAGCCCCUCUGGUGCCUCCAGCCACCCUGCUCGUGCCCUAUCCCGUUGUGAUCCCACUUCCAGUGCCUCUUCCAAUCCCAGUGCCAAUCCCAGUCCCAGUCUCCAUGUGCAAAGACUCAAAGGUUGAGGUAGACUCCCCGAAACCAGCUUGUACUUCGAGCAAAAGCACACAGACAUCACCUAGUGACAUCUCCCCUCAUUUGACAUUAACCAGCAGGGAAAUGGCAGUAGUCCAACAACCUCUUCCCUCUUGCUCAUCCCCUGUAGUGACAGACGGAGAAGUGCUAGACUUAUCCAUAAGGGCGCCUCAACCGUCAACGCUUGUGGAUGUUCCGCAAGGGAUCCAGCCGUUUCAGCAAGACAGUGUCCUUGAUUUGUCUGUACCUAGUAUAAGAAAGACAUGCAUCCAGUCUUGUAGCACGUAUGGGCCAUUGGCCCCAGAGCGGGAUAGAGUGUGCCACAUUGGGGAUGGUGUUAGCGGUGGGGCUUUGGCUCUUGGGGUUCUUCGGCCAGUAGACUGCUCGCCAAAGAUAGAUACUAAACUGCUGAGUGGUUUAGCGUCUCUAGAGUUCAGCAGACAGCACAAGUGGGUGGUAGACAGCGGCCAUGGUAGCACAGUAGCUGGGGCAGUACAUGACUCUGCGCUCACCGGAAGCGGCAACAUCGAGAUCGUCAGCACGUCGCAGACUGCCAAAGUCAUUGUGUCUGUCAAAGACGCCAUGCCUGCCAUUUUCUGCAGCAAGUUAAAAGGAUUGUCAGGCGUUUCUACAAAGAACUUUUCCAUUAAACGUGACGCCAGCCAGGGGGGCUUCGCAACACUGCCCAGGGUCCCGGGGGAUCAGCGAGGAGAAUCAAGUGACCCGUUAAAAAAGAUCUCUAAAAACAGAGGUAUCAAACUGAAGAAAGUGAGCUCCCAGGAGAUUCAUAUACUGCCCAUAAAAAAGCAGCGACUGACAGCGUUUCUACCCAGAAAAUAACACAUGCUCUUGCUUUUAGAGUGAGAAGGGAAAACCGAGGACAAAAAGCUACUGAUGUGUAGCUACAGUGAGAAAAAAAAAUUGGUCCAAGAAAUUUAACCAGGGUAUGAUGAUGCUAAUGCAUUCCUGGCAGAAAUAAGGCCUAAAGCUUGUUCUCCAAGCUGUCCAAAUGAUUUACACGGAUGCAGGCCGCCUCUGGUCUGACAGUUUGCCAUUUAAUCCAUUCAUUAUAAAGCAAUCAGCUGAAGUCAACAGAAUAAUGCUCCAAGUAAAAGAACCAAUCUGAACAGGCCAAACUGCACUACUACUGAUAUUCUUUAGCAUUUGCAGCAUUAUUGCCAGAAUCGCUUCCCUUCCUAUGCAUUUUGAUUUUGGUCACACAUCCUCAUGAAUGAUUCAUCACACUUAAUCUGCAUUGUCAUUAAUAUGCAUGAGAUCAGUUUUGAAACCUGGCCAGCUGUCAGUGAGAAACACAACGUGCAGCACUGACAAAUUCUCCUCUUGCUAAUAUGCUUUUGCGGAACUCUUGCUCUCCCCUCGCUGUUUACACUUGGAGUGCAAGACGUUUCCCAUUUUUGGUCCUAAUGAACUGUAGAAGGGAACCGUGACCUUUUGCUUCCCUAAUCACUGUAUUAAUCAGUGGGGCAUUGGAGCGGAGCAUCCUCUUUGAAGAACAGGAGGGGUAAGCAGUUAGCAUGGCAGCCUGAUAAUGACUUGGCAAAGCGCAGACCUCAGUUUCAUUAAGUCUGAUGAUUGGAGGAAAUGGUUGUCAGUAGCAACAAAGCGUAGUCUUCAUCAUCCUCCCUUUGGGGGGCAGAAAGCCUCCCCCCACCCACCCCCAACCAAAUUAAAACUAAAUAAUCAUCAGGGGUUCGUCCCUAACGACAACAAAUCUGAGUGAAAUGGCUUAUUAAUGCUGUUUUUAUGGCCGUGGGUUCAACUGCAAGAAAUAUUUUAGGUUAUUGUCAGCCAGCUGUGUGAACAGUUUCAGUUUUAACAGUGUACAGAUUUUAAUGAUCUUUAUAGCGAUACCUACAGUGUUUUGGAUGGUGAAUUGCCGACAAUGGACCUAAAGAGUUCUAAAUGAAAUCCCUUAGCGAGCAUUAUGGUCAUUUUCUUUCCAUUCUUUAUACAUGUUACUGGUCUUAUUGUGCAAGAAUCAUCAGUGUAUGUUAUUCCACGUGUUUUGUAGUCUUUCAUAACAACGAGAUGACUUUUAUUGCCUUUCUGGGUGAUGUCAGCAAGGUUGCACAAGCAAUAGGCUAAUAUUAAGGCUAUUUAGUCAUUGUUUUAAGCUACUGUUCCAGGUAAUGCAGCCUUUAUAAAAUCUUGAUAAUAGAUAAUGCAGCAAUUUAAUGCCAAGUAACAUUACUGGAAUACAGUUUACGGCAAUAAUAAAGAAGCAUUAACAUUUGAAUAUGUGGAGAUGCUCUUCAGGGUGAACUUGACCUUCAGUCCCAGUCAAAAGGCCUCUUCAAAAGUGUAAGCUGGUGAUAUUUACAAUUAGGACUGGCUUCAUUCUCCCUCUUUUCAUGAUCAACUAAAAUUCUAAUGGGUAAAAUCAAGUGUGAACGAUUGUGAAUGCUGCUUCAAGGCACUAAAAUCUGUAUUAUUGUAGCUUUCAUGUGGUUGUGAUGUUUUCAGUUGACUGGUGGUUUGAUUGAUAGUGUGAAGGCGUGUUUCCAACCGCAGGUUUCCACCCUCUCAUUAACCUUCUGAUCAUCCCAGCCAGUUUAGUAAUCAACUUAUUAAAACAGCUGACAGACAGAUCAUAAACUGAAUACUCAAUCAGCCAAAUUUAGCCCCAUGAGCAUGUUAUAACAAACAUUUUCUCCAAGCAAAAUCUAAAUGUCUUAUUUCUUUUAAUUUUUGGGUGCAAUAUGACCUGCACAUGCUCUUGACAAUUCACCCAAAAUAUAAUUUCCGAACAAUCCUAUUCUAUAGGAAACGGUGUGUAUGUAAAAUAAUUUACUGCUAACUUUUAAAUGGCGACAGAACAUCUGCCAAAUGCAAGGGCAUCUCCACAGCGAAAUAACCAGCUUUUCGCUUUAAACGCGCUAUCUUGGCCUACGGCCAAACCAAGAUGGGUCUAAUUUGGUCACUGAUGAAGAUUUCAUGUUACAUUGAGUACCAGUAUGAUGAAUUGGCUCACAUGAGAUUUUCCUUCAAGCCACUUUCAGCAGAAUUGAAAGAAACACACCCUCAGAAUAGUCCAUAGAAAGAAAAAUGAAAAUAAUGAUCCAGGAUUUAUUUGACAUGUCAGUAUGAAAUGUGCUGACUCGUGUUUACGUGUUUGUUUAUUGGAAUUCCUGCCGAAUGAAAAUCAGGAAGGCGUCUCAGUUCACAUUGAGCCAGGAAAGCGUUUCAUGUCGAACUGACUGAACUUUCUCAAAAUAGCAAGUAUUGGUUCAAUUAAUUAACACCAAAUAUAUUUGAUGAACUGCUGUGCAAUUUUUCUUGUUUUUUCUUGUCAGUACUGAAAUGUGUGUGUGUUUUAACUGUAAAGCCUUAAAUCAUUUCCCGGCAUGUGAUAGAUUUUCACUCUUCCCAGAUUUACACGAAAGAAAAAAACAAUCACCAUCAGCAUGAACACCAGAUGAAUAAACCAUGACUGUUUCUAUGAUGUGAAUUCAUUUAUGUGUCAGACGACCCUUCAACUCUUUUAUAGGUACUGAAAUUUUAAGUAUUGAAUGUUUUUUUUUUUUUACCAUGAACAACUUUUGUAAAUAACUGAAUGGGUAAAAGAAUGAAAAAAGAGAGUCUGGUGAGGUUUUAAAUUAUUUAUUUAUUAUUUGUAUCAUUUAAAAUGUUGAAAAUGUGUACGUGACGAAUGCAUUAGCUUUAAAAAUUUCAUGAUUAAAAACGUCUCUGGUAUCAAGAA